CUGAAGAAGGGAAGGAGAGAGAGCGCAACAGAAAGAAGCCAUUUUGGGUUGAGGGUGACAUGUCGGCCAGAACCUUGCCCGCUCGUCUCUCGUCCGUCUACGUGGAAAGAAGCCCGUGGAUUUAGAAGGAGGGAGUUCAUUUGAGGAAGUCGAACCUGAAGACGGUUUUCUAACCCUAACCGAUCUCUGAGGGACUUGAAGAGAAGUUUGGUUUGACGAUUUGCAGGAAGAGGUGGUGGAGAAACGAGGCCUGGGGAGUCGACUGGUGGACGGCGGACGUCCGUCUCAGCGAGAGCCGACAGCCGGGCGGGAAGUAAAACUAGUGCUGGAGCCAGGAGGUCCAGCGGGUCUGCAGACUUUCCCCAACAUCUAUCCGAUGCUGGCUUCCACUUGUUAACAGGUCAAAAGUUGUGGGUUUGACAUCAGCCGGACGAAGGUCGUGUCUCUCGGACGUGGCGCAGACGCAGGAUGAGUUCCCACCAAGUGCCUACGAGGUCGGAGGUGAUGGGGUGGAACCCGCAACAGCUGGCAGAGUACCUGAAGAGGAGGAAUCUGGCCGGUUGUGAUAAAAUCGUGUUGAAGAACUCCAUCAGUGGGUCCAGAUUCGUGAACCUCAGCGACAACGACCUCCAGAAGUUCCCCAAACUGCACGCCCCGAUGGUCUCAAAGAUCAGCAGUGAAAUCAGCAAGAAGGAGGACAAGAGAGGCCUGUUCGGUAAAAAAAUAUCGACACCCAAAUACUCAGAAGCAGAAAUGACCAACGACGUUCAGGGAUGGGGUGAUGACGAGUUUGAUGAUGAAGAGUUCGACAACGACUACGAAAGUCCAUACAGUGACAACGAUGGCAGCGGCGGAGACUAUGAAUCCCCAAACGAAGAUGCGGCCAACGACUACGAACCUCCCCCCACUGAACCCCCUGAGGACCUGGUUCACAAGCUGUGUCCCACGCUGCCCAUCGGAGACGGAGAAUACAUCGAUAAGAGGGACAACCACCUGUCGAACAGAGCCCUGCCUCCUGCUGUGUGUCCCCGCCCUCCUGUCCACUCCCUGUCUGCUCAGACGGCCCGGAUGCCUGGAGAGCCUUCCUCCAGAAGAGACCCCUCCCCCCACUGCGUGGGACGAGCUUCAGGAAAAUUUCUUCCAGAACCACCGCAGAUCUUUCGUGACAACAAACCCGGCAGAGACUCCGGAUCCACGCCGUCCCCAGUCAGAGGACCUCAGCGCAACACUUUGGAAAGGCCAAGCGCACAGUCCUGGAGGCCUCAGCCGGAAGCCUCUGAUCCGCCGACCUGGUCCAAACCUCCCAUUCUUCCUCCUCCUUCAUCCACCUCGGUCAGCAGGAGCAACUCCUCCGUCAGGCCUCCGCCCACCAGGUUGGACGGACGGAGAGAGCAAACACAUGAUGAAGUUCUUAAAACCAGCACCUUUCCCCUCCAAAAUAAAAGUCUGCCCCCCCGUCCAGGCAUCCCCGGGGUCUCCACCCGCAAUGCUGACAGUCUUCCUCCUUGCAUUCCCUCUGCCGCAUCUCUGCCCCCCAAAAUGAACUUUGGGAUGGGAGACAGCAGAGACAGCAGGGGCAGCAUCGUCGCGACAGACAGAUCUUUGCCUUGUCCUCCUGCGACCACAUCACUUGCUCAGGAUCUGGACCCUCUGUGGUACGUGGGUAAAGUGACCCGGGGUCAGGCCGAAGGAGGUUUGAAACGACUUCGCAAGGAUGGGGCGUACCUGGUGAGGGACAGCACCCGGCAGCUGCCCAACCAGCCCUACACCCUGAUGGUCUUCUACCAGGACAAGGUCUUCAACAUCCAGAUCCGUCAGCAGAACCACAACUUCCAGCUGGGAACUGGACUCAAAGUCCAGGAGACCUUCCCAUGUGUCAGCAACAUCAUCAGCCAUUACUCCCACUCUCCUCUGCUCCUCAUCGACGCCAAAAACCGGAGCUCCAGCCAGCAGAACCAGUGUGUGCUGUCCGAACCGGCUGCGUACUCCAUGUCCCGCCAGAAAUGGUCCUGACCGGACCCAACCGGAUCCCAGCGGUCGCCAAACUAAAGCGGAGGACGGCCGGAGGAGUCCGAGGGAUCGUGACCUUGAAGUGGUCUUUGCACACGUCGCUUUGGUUGUUUCUAUUUGGUUGUCUCUGCGAGCCUGACGGGAACCAGAAAUGCUUCUCCUUUAGCUUUUGUCCACACUUUUCUGGGUGAAUUGUUCACUUCUGGUGUCGUCAAUGUUCAAACCAAAACUGCAAAUCUUCCAGAGGAGAGCCGUCCUUCCUGUGAGCUUCGUCAAACUUGUUUCCUCUUCUUUUGUUUCCUGUCAGCUCAGCUGCUUUUUGUGAAAACGUCACGAAACGCCCCGGAUUGUCUGCAGCCUUCCAUCCGAGGCCUCGUCAGCGCCGCCUGCAGGCUUUCAUGCUGUAAAAGAAAUAAAGUUUGAUCAGAAAUGGCUUGUGUGUACCGCAGCUCUGUUC